AUGAACUACGCGGGCUUGAGGAUGGUGACCCGCAGCCAAAGCCGGGGAUCUGGGGCUAGGCCCCCGGGGAGUGGGGAGGAGGCCACGCCGAUCCAAAGGGGAGGAGAGGUGUCUACAGAAGGAAGGAAAAGCUACCACCCUGUGAAGCGUCAGCGGAAGGCCCGGAGCCUGAAUGUGGCCUACGAGGCCUCAGAUGAUGAGAAAGGAGAGGCAACCAAGCCACUCAAGGUGUCAAGCUGGGAGCCUCAGGACUGGCAGGAGCAGCUGGCAAACAUCCGCACCAUGCGGAGUGGGAAGGAUGCACCUGUGGACCAGCUGGGGGCUGAGCACUGCUAUGACCCCAAAGCACCCCCAAAGGUGCGGAGGUACCAGGUGCUGCUGUCAUUGAUGCUCUCCAGCCAGACCAAAGAUCAGGUGACAGCAGGUGCCAUGAAGCGGCUACAGGCCUGGGGCCUGACAGUGGACAGCAUCCUGCAGACAGAUGACAUCACGCUGGGCAGACUCAUCUACCCUGUGGGCUUCUGGAGGAACAAGGUGAAAUACAUCAAGCAGACCAGUGCCAUCCUGCAGCAGAACUAUGGCGGGGACAUCCCCGCCUCUGUGGCAGAGCUGGUGGCACUGCCAGGUGUCGGGCCCAAAAUGGCACACUUGGCCAUGGCUGUGGCCUGGGGUACUGUGUCAGGCAUUGGUGCUGCCUCUGCAGGCGAUGGCCUCAUGCUGGCACCCUCAGCCGGUGGCUGGGCUGAAAGAUGCUGCUCCCUGAAGCCCAAAGGAGGGCCCAAGUUCUCUGGGUUCUGGCUACAGGCCCGGCCCUGCCCAGUAAUGGGGGUGGUCUGGUGAUCCACUGUCAUGUCUGUGGCCAGUAUUGUGCAGUUCUGGGCCCUCCUCAGAUGCUCCAUGUGGAAGGCCAGGGAGACUCAGAACCCUCCCCGCCCCCCCACAACCUGGGCUGAAGGUGGGGUCAUGGGCAGGAAAGGGCUGGUCUGCUGGUGUGCCCCACGUUCACUGUGCCCUGUCUCC